UGUUUUAACAAGCUCUCCAGGUGCUUCUGAGGCGCCAAGGGGAGGAAAGAGUGGAAGAACGGGAUGGGGGCUGAUUAGACCCCUCCCGGGGCCCCUUCCCAAGCUUCAUAACGACCCGCUGAGGGCGGCCGGGCCCUCAGGUGAGGCCGCGGUAAGGCCGAAGUAAGGAAGCCGAAGAGGGAAGCGACCCGAGGAGGAGCCGAUGAAGUGAGCGGAGUCAGGGACGCUGCUCGGCGCCCGCCCGCAUCAUGAAUCGCAGUCCCAUUAGCAGCACCUCCGAAAAGGAGACGCUAAGCCUGCUCUGGGGCUGUGAACUAAACCAGGAGAGGCCGACGUGGACCUUCAAACCCCAAAAGGUGGGGAAGCAGGACUGUGUGCUGUCGCUCAGUACGAUUUCCCUGGGGGAGAAAGCCAAAGAGGAGGUGAACGUCGUGGAGAUCCUGCCCUCAGCAAGCCAGGACGACAAGAAGAGGAAGCCCCUCACCCUGGCCUCGCUUCGGGCCUCGGUCCUCCCCAUG